ACUGCUCCGCACUUCUUCAGUCUGCUCCUCCCGUCUCCGCCUGUCUCCUCCCGCCUCCUCCUGUCUCCUCCUGCCGCCUCCUCCUGCCUGCAGAUAAACUUAACGGACACUUUGCUUCUCAGAGGAAAAACCUGGAUUUUCACGAGUUUUCUGGAGAAGUGAUCCAGCGACAGAAAGGCAGGCGGUUGGCGCAGAAGCAGGCACCAUGUCCACCCCCACAAACCCAGAGGUGGAGGAGCUGAACCCUGUCGACUUCAUCCAGCUGCAGCAGUACAUUGAGUACUGCAGCCUGAAGGUGAAGGACGUGCUGAGGGAGUUCGAUGCAGAUGGCCGUCUGGCCCGGCACAGACACGGAGAGUGCAUCAAUGAAGAAGGCUUCCGUCUGUUCCUGAAGACGUACUUAGGAGUGGAGGACUUCCCUGUGGCCCUCUGCCAGCGACUCUUCCUCUCGUUCCAAAACUCUGAACCCACCCAGGAAGACAGCACCAAGGAGGUCUUUCUGAAGGACGUGUCCUGUUACUUCUCUCUGCUGGAGGACGACCAGCCCCGGGACAAGCUGGAGUUCGCUUUCAAGCUCUACGACCGCGACGGGAACGGAGUCCUCGACAACUCGGAAGUGGACAGGAUUAUUGCUCAGAUGAUGCAUGCUGCAGAAUACCUGGGCUGGGAUGUGUCUGAGUUGAGGCCUGUUCUGAAGGACAUGAUGACGGCUAUUGAUGCUGACAGCAGCGGCACGGUGUCUCUGGAGGAGUGGGUGGAGGGGGGCAUGAACAACGUCCCCCUGCUGGUGCUGCUGGGCCUGAAGAUGACCCAGAAGGACGGGCAGCACCUCUGGAGGAUGAAACAUUUCAACAAGCCCGUUUACUGCAACGUGUGUCAGAGCUUGCUGCUGGGUCUGAGGAAGCAAGGGCUGUGCUGCACCUGCUGCAGGUACACGGUCCACGGGCGCUGCGCUAACAAGAACCCGGCUCCUUGCACCAGGACGUUUGUGAAGUCCAAGAAAGACAUGGGGGUUCCGGCGCACGACUGGGUGAGUGGGAACUGUGAGUCCAGGAAGUGCGAUAAAUGCCAGAAGAAGAUCAAGAGCUUCCAAGGCUUAACAGGCAAACACUGUGUGUGGUGCCACACGUUGCGCCACGAUGAAUGUGCCGACCAGGAGCCGACAGAGUGCAGCUGUGGGCUGCUCCGGGACCAUAUCCUGCCUCCAUGGGCCAUAUAUCCUGUUAUAAAGGAGAGAUCGAACAACGUGAAGAAUUGCUGCUCCGGUUCGACGGACGACAGCGAGCUCAACACGACUCCUGAUGGACAAGUGCUGCAGAUCAGCCCUGUGUCAAACACCCAUCCUCUUCUGGUGUUUGUUAAUCCUAAAAGUGGAGGCAAGCAGGGAGAGAGGGUCCUGCGUAAGUUCCAGUAUUUACUGAACCCGCGGCAGGUUUACAACCUUUCAAACGGUGGACCUGGUCCAGGACUGAGCUUCUUCCGGAAUCUGCAGGAUUUCAGGAUCUUGGUGUGCGGGGGCGACGGCACAGUCGGCUGGAUCCUGGACGCGAUAGACAAAGCCAAUCUGCAGGUGCGACCACCCGUCGCUGUGCUUCCUCUGGGGACAGGAAAUGACCUGGCACGCUGUCUGCGAUGGGGAGGAGGAUAUGACGGCGAGGAUCUGACUCGUAUCCUGAAGGACAUCGAGGGGAGCUCCGAGGUGCUGAUGGACCGCUGGACCGUGCAGGUCAUCACAGAUGAGAGCCAGGAGAAGGGAGACCCGGUGCCGUACGAGAUCAUCAACAACUACUUCUCCAUCGGAGUUGACGCGUCCAUCGCUCACCGCUUCCACACGAUGAGGGAGAAACAUCCGCAGAAGUUCAACAGCAGAAUGAAGAACAAGCUGUGGUAUUUUGAAUUCGCCACAUCAGAGACCAUCUCUGCUUCCUGCAAGAAGCUGAACGAGAGUCUAACGAUCGAGUGCUGCGGUACGGCUUUGGACCUCAGCAGCCUGUCGCUAGAGGGCGUCGCUGUACUCAACAUUCCCAGCAUGCACGGGGGCUCCAACCUGUGGGGUGAGGCCAAAAAAGGGGACGCGAAGGCGCUGUCCAGUCAGGAGGAGCCGGAGGUGAUCACCGACCCAGAAAUCCUCAAAGUGGCGUCUCAAGAUCUCGGUGACCGUCGGUUAGAGGUGGUGGGCCUGGAAGGAGCCAUGGAGAUGGGUCAGAUCUACACGGGCCUGAAGAGCGCGGUGAGGCUCGCCAAAACCUCCCAGAUCACCAUCAGGACAAAGAAAGCAUUACCAAUGCAGAUAGACGGGGAGCCGUGGAUGCAGCCUCCCUGCACGAUUCACAUCACUCACAAGAAUCAAGCCAGGAUGUUGAUGGGUCCUCAGGCCAAAGCGACGGGCUUCUUCAACCACAAAUGAAAUGACACCGAACUGACUUCAUGCACUUGUCCUCUGUAAAUAAAGAACUGACACGUUUGUGAUUUUCAUCAUAUAAAAUCCAUUUUGAAUGUGCCCGUUGUAGAAUAAUCACAUGUUAACAGUCCAAGGUUCUGCAUCUCUGUAAACGUAUAUAACCGAAGCAUGGCGCUGUUUGAACUACAAACUGUAGGAUGUGUUGGUUCGUGACAGAAUGAACUCGACCAAAUUCACCCAGUGUUUGUUUUUUUUCUGACGGAUGCUCGUGGAACCGCUGCUCGGCCGGAAAGUAGAGCAAAGUGAAAGUAAAGACGAGUGUUCAGCUUCAUGUGCCUUUGACGGUCUGCUCCUCUUUGUGGUUAUCAAGGCGGAGGUAGAAGAUGUGCCGGGCGUUGUGCAGACAUGCACUUUGGACACAGACCAUGCAGUGUUGUGGUUUCCUCUUGUGGCUGUGAAGACACAGGCUUUGACAGAUUCGGCAGCAGGAGUGAAGGACAGAUGAGAAUAGGUCUGAAGUCAUUUGUAAUAAUAUUUUUCCUACAUUUCAGAAGAUACUUGAAAGUGUUUUAGGGAACAGUUACAGGACAAUCAUCACCAAAAGGCCUGAGUGUUGAUGUGCUGCAGCAGUCGGCCUGCUCUGCUGUUCCUGUGUGAGUGUAUGUGAGUGUGUGUCUGUGUGUGUCUGUGUAUGAGUGUGAGUGUGUGUGUGAGUACAUGUAAUAUCUUUGUGAGGACCAGAUUGAGUCAAAGAUCUUAAGGAGUGAGGGGAUUUUAUUCAGUCCUCACAACUUGAGGCUGUUUGAGAGCUAAUAAGUGGUUUUAGGGUUAAUGGUGUGUGUCUGUGUGUGUGUGUGUGUCUGUGUGUGUGUCUGUGUCUGUGUCAGAGCUUAAAGUCUGCAGCACUUGUUGAGCAUGGAAAGUUGUGAUAUGUUCACUUCUAACUUAUAAAUUGAGACGACUUGGAUUUAUAACCACAGAUUGAAACCUGUUUAAAACAUAUAUAAUCCUUAUUUAAAUGCUUUAUCUCUCAUAUCAUUUCACUGUAUCUAGAGAAUGUUAACGUAACAUGUCUGAAAUAACACACUGUGUAAAGACUUUAAUAAAUCGUCUGCGCUUCUCGA